GAGAGAGAGAGAGAGAGAGGGAGUGAGUGAGUGUGAGCGAGCGAGAGAGAGAGAGAGAGAGAGAGCGAGAGCAGGACCUGGGAGAAGAGCAACGAAAGAAAAAGAGGAGAGAAAAACGGAACAACGACACAAAUGGCACUCAUGGCAGGGAUUUUGUUCACGGCCAAUUUUCUUGUUUUGGGGAUUUCUUCACUUGUUUCGCCGUCACGGAUAUACCCCCCAAAUGAAGUCACGUUAUUGGACUCCAGAUCCGUACAGGGGGAGCUGGGAUGGGUCGCCAACCCGACAGAAGGAGGGUGGGAGGAAGUGAGCAUUAUGGAUGAAAAGAACAUUCCCAUCCGGACGUACCAGGUGUGUAACGUCAUGGAGCCAAACCAGAACAACUGGCUCCGUACUGACUGGAUCCCCCGAGGCGGUGCCCAGCGCGUCUACAUAGAGAUCAAGUUCACCCUCCGAGACUGCAACAGCCUCCCCGGGGUCAUGGGAACCUGCAAGGAAACCUUCAAUCUUUACUACUACGAGUCCAACAACGACAAGGAGCGCUACAUCCGCGAAAACCAGUUCGGCAAGAUUGAUACCAUUGCCGCAGACGAGAGCUUCACACAGGUGGACAUCGGCGAUCGCAUCAUGAAGCUGAACACAGAGGUCCGGGAUGUGGGCGCCUUGACCCGUAAGGGCUUCUAUUUGGCCUUCCAGGAUGUUGGGGCAUGCAUUGCGCUUGUGUCCGUCAGGGUCUUCUACAAGAAAUGUCCUUUAGCGGUGCGCAACUUGGCCCAGUUUCCCGACACCAUCACUGGAGCCGAUACCUCCUCGCUAGUGGAGGUUCGUGGCUCAUGUGUGGAUAAUUCGGAGGAGAAGGAGGUUCCUAAGAUGUACUGCGGGGCUGACGGAGAGUGGCUGGUGCCAAUUGGGAAUUGCCUGUGUAACCCUGGAUACGAGGAGCGCAAUGCAGAAUGUCAAGCCUGUAAGAUUGGUUACUACCGCGCUCUGGCCACCGACGGCUCCUGUUCUAAGUGUCCGCUACACAGCUACUCCGUCAGGGAGGGAUCCACCUCCUGCGUCUGCGACAAGGGAUACUUCCGCUCUGAGACGGACCCAGCGUCCAUGCCCUGCACCCGCCCUCCGUCAGCGCCCGUCCACCUAAUCUCCAAUGUCAACGAGACCUCUGUAAACCUGGAGUGGAGCCCGCCCCGGAGCACAGGAGGACGCCAGGACUUGACGUACAAUGUGGUGUGCAAGCGCUGCGGGCCCGACGGUCGGCGCUGUCAGGCCUGCGGUAACGGCAUCCACUUCAGCCCCCAGCAGCUGAGCCUGAAGGGCACCAGGGUGUCCAUCAAUGAGCUGCAGGCCCACACCAACUACACCUUCGAGGUGUGGGCAGUGAACGGAGUCUCGCCUCAAAGCCCCGGACCGGAACAGGCAGUGUCCGUGACCGUCACCACCAACCAGGCCGCCCCCUCGCCAGUGUCUUCCAUCCAGGCAAAGGAUAUCACAAGACACACCAUCUCCCUGGCCUGGCAGCCGCCUGACAGAGCCAACGGGGUCAUCCUGGAGUACGAAGUCAAGUACUAUGAGAAGGACCAAAAUGAGAGAAGUUACAGAAUCAUCAAAACUUCAUCAAGGAACACGGACAUCAAAGGUCUCACCCCUCUCACCUCCUACGUGUUCCAUGUGCGCGCCCGCACGGCGGCCGGUUACGGGGAAUUCAGCGGCCCGUUUGAGUUCAUGACCAACUCCGUCCCAGCUCCCAUCAUUGGUGAUGGGGCCAACUCCACAGUGUUACUGGUGUCGGUGGUGGGCAGUGUGGUCCUCCUCAUCAUCCUCAUCAGCGCUUUCGUCAUCAGCCGAAGAAGGAGUAAGUACAGCAAGGCCAAGCAGGACUCUGACGAGGAGAAGCACUUACAUCAAGGAGUGAGGAUAUACGUUGACCCCUUUACCUACGAGGACCCGAACCAAGCUGUCCGUGAGUUCGCCAAAGAGAUCGACGCCUCCUGUAUCAAGAUCGAGAAAGUUAUUGGCAUCGGGGAGUUCGGCGAGGUGUGCAGCGGCCGCCUGAAGAUGCCGGGCAAGAGGGAGAUCUGCGUGGCCAUCAAGACACUGAAGGCCGGCUACACCGACAAGCAGAGGAGGGACUUCCUGUCCGAGGCCAGCAUCAUGGGCCAGUUCGACCACCCCAACAUCAUUCACCUUGAGGGCGUGGUCACCAAAUGUAAGCCAGUGAUGAUUAUCACCGAGUACAUGGAAAACGGAUCGCUGGAUGCAUUCCUGAGGAAGAACGACGGUCGCUUCACUGUGAUCCAGCUGGUCGGCAUCUUGCGCGGAAUUGCAUCAGGUAUGAAGUACCUGUCAGACAUGAGCUACGUUCACCGUGACCUGGCGGCUCGCAACAUCCUGGUCAACAGCAACCUGGUGUGCAAGGUGUCCGACUUUGGCAUGUCCCGAGUGCUGGAGGACGACCCUGAGGCUGCAUACACCACCAGGGGAGGGAAGAUCCCCAUCCGCUGGACGGCCCCGGAGGCCAUCGCUUACAGGAAGUUCACCUCGGCCAGCGACGUGUGGAGCUACGGCAUUGUGAUGUGGGAGGUGAUGUCAUAUGGAGAGCGACCAUACUGGGACAUGAGUAACCAAGACGUGAUCAAGGCUAUCGAUGAGGGCUAUCGGCUGCCUCCGCCCAUGGACUGCCCCGUUGCGCUCCACCAGCUCAUGCUGGACUGCUGGCAGAGAGAGAGGGCUGACCGGCCAAAGUUCGGACAGAUCGUCAACAUGCUGGACAAGCUGAUCCGCAACCCCAACACCCUGAAGAGGACCGGGGGAGAGACCGCUGUCAGGCCUAAAACCACCCUGCUGGAGCCUGGCAGCCCCGAGGCGUCCUCGGCCAUGGGCACGGUGGAGGACUGGCUGCAGGCCAUCGGCAUGGAGAGAUACAGCGACAACUUCACCGCCGCCGGCUACACCACUCCAGAGGCCGUGGUCCACAUGACACAAGAGGACAUGGCUCGCAUAGGCAUCUCCUCAGCAGCACACCAGAACAAGAUCCUGACCAGCGUCCAGGGAAUGCUGUCCCAGAUGCAACAGAUGCAGGGCAGAAUGGUUCCCGUCUGAGAGAUUUAAACAAAGAAAAAAGGAAAAGGAAGCAAACCGACUUCGUUUCUUAUGAAAAAAAAUAAAUAAAUAACAAAAAAGAUUAAAUAUAAAAAAAAAGAGACAAAUAAACUAUGAAGAAAUAGUUUACCUCAUCCAUGCACUUUAAAUUGGAUCUAAAAGAAAAGAAGAUGUCGAUGAAGAAGAAAAAAAGUGGUGAAAAUGGCACUUUUGAAAAAAAAAAAAAAAAUUCAGACCUUUACCUUGCCCUUUUUUUUGUUGUUUUGGAGAACGGGAUGCUUCUGUCUGCAGCAUUUAUGGAGAGAUGGAGGGACGGCUGGAAAAGUGCUUCCGAGAGGCCAAUCUGGAGUGCCUUUAAUGGUCUGGAAGGAGAAGUGAGGGAGGGGGGGAACCGUACCUUUUCUUCCUCUUCUUGGGGCAGAGUGUUGUUUCUGGAACUUUCUUUCUGGAAUAAUCCGUGGAGCAGAUUUUUUUGAUUUCCUGUGACUAUGUUUAUUGUACAUGAAUUGUUUCUGGGGGGACUCGCUUGGCUGCCCCGGCCACCAUUGUUCUCUCUCUCAGCUGGAUCUGUUUGAUAUCUCACGGACAAAAUGGAGGAUCCUGACCAUCACAUGUAAACAGUGCAUCUCUGAGAGGCUGAGGGUUGGAUUCCGAGGGGAGAUGGCGGUGCGGGGAGGGCUUAUUUUGAGGAGCUUUUUUUGUGUUUUUUGCUCUGUUCUGGACUUGUUUUUCUCCCAGAACGCUGUAUUUUGUUGCCCUCAGGACGUUGCUGAGAAUGUCUUUGAUCUUCCAGAGGAGCCUUCCCACUCCCUCGUCUUCCCAAAAAUGCCCUCCUACACCCCAGAUAAACACACAGUUUGGAUUCUUCCAUUCAUCUCCCCAUCUGAGUCACGCCCCCACUGCCCCGCUGUUGUAGGACCCACCGACUCUUCCUCACCGUCUUUGAUGGACAGCCGUUUGCACCGUUUCAAUUGGGUUUCUAAAUUGGACGCAAGACUGAAGGAACUUACUGGCAGGAUUUUCUGGACAAAAGGAUGCAACGAAGGCAAUGUGGAUGCAGAAUCAAUCAGAGUCAUCAGCGUCGUCAUUGUCGCCAAGAAAAUAACAAGAAAACACCCACAGGAUUACUCGAACUGUCAUCAAGCUGCUGCCGUCCAUCACAAACAGGAUCUCAGCCUUUGCUCGCUACGACCAGAAUUCUUCCUCCUCUUCCUCUUUGUCUUCCUCCACCCGCUUUUCCCUCCUCUACUCGGAGUCUCCUCUGACGCCGAGAUGACAAAUCCAUCCCCUGGCGUCUGGGACAUCCGCCGUCACAACACUUCAGCUUGACAAACUAGCCAGCGCGUGCUUGUGGCCACCCAGCAAUGUACUGGAAUGACUAUGAAUGAUUUAACGGCAUAAAAAAGAGACAAUACGAAGAAUGUAAUAUAAUUGAGAAGCCCUGCUCCAGCGGAUGAUGUACUUUUAUUUUGAAAGUUUCAUUUUAUUUUGUGAUUUGUUUUUUUGUUUUGUUUUUUUAAAUGGUUUUGUUCUGUUUGCAUGUAAAGUAACAAACGUUUGAAUUGAGCGUGCGAAUGUGAUGACGUGUGCGUGUACGGUGUGUGUGUGUAUGUGUGUGUGUGUGUGUGUGUGUGCGGUUGUCUCGCUGUAUGAGUGACAGUGUCUUUGAAGUACUAUCAGUAAUCGUGUCUGUUUUCAUGCCACUGUGGAGGAAGACGAGCUAAACAGAGAUGUAUUGUUUUUGACAUGAAAAAGAAAAACCUUGGACUUUUAAUUGCUUUCCUGUGGCAUCUUAAAAAAAAAAAAAAACUACAACAAAAAAAAAAAAACACGAUGUAAGGUGUGUUGCUCCCGUUGUGCGAACUCCACUCAGCAAACAGCAUUUACUAAGCAGCUUUUUCUGGAAUGCCACCCAUUUCCGCGAUGGCUUGCGAAUGGACACAUGGAGACGUAGGAACACACCGGACACCGAUGAGUUUGGACUCUCCGAGCUCAUAACAAGAAGGAGGAAAAGUCGGAACCAUAUCUCCCCUUUGUGGAAGUGGAAGCAGAUUAAGGCGACACAUCUGUAUACGACAAAUGAUCGGAAAAGUGAGGAAAAAAAGGUGUUUAAGAAGGGAAAACUUGGGUUUUUUGAUUUUUUUUUUCCAGAGCACCAUACAGCUACAGGUUUAACCCAAUGGACUAUAUUCUUUUUUGUUCCUUUAUCUCUUUAAACUAUACGUAUGUGAAUGUUUUUGAACUCGUAAGUGACGCUUCAUAUAAUACAAAAACACCUCCGUCCUUAAUACAGCUCUACUGCUCUUUCCUUUUUUUGGCAACGCGUUUGCUCUUUUGGGUUUUAUCUAUCGAAAAAGGACCUGUUUGGAAAAUAUGCAAGACAUGUUGGGAAGGAGAAGGAAACCAGAAUGUACUGUAAAAUACUUUUUUCCUUUACUUAAAUGUUGGACGAUUUGAAAAAAGAAAAAAAAAAAAGAAGAAAAAAUUAACAAAAAACGCAAGAGUUAAUGUUUGUCAUUGUAUGCCUUCCGAUGCCAUAUGAUCUAGCCAUGUAGAUCUAACAUUCUCUCAAUCUUUUUUUUUUUUUGUACUGUUUUUGACAUGAUCAUGUUUUUUUUUUGGCCUUUUUCUUUUUGUUUUCUUUUGUUUUUUUUUGUCGAGGAGCUCUAGGUACAUGUAACUUAUGUCAUUUAUUUAUGUCCUUUUAUAUCUAGUUUGUAAAAUAAUAGCCUAAAGUGAAGAAAAUAAAGGGGUGCCAAAGUGCAUUCUUAAUAAAGUAGAAACCAUA